AUGGCAUCUGUUUAUACAACUUUGGCAAUUUUAGGAAUGUUUUUUAUUUCUCCUGUUUUAGUACCAGCACUGUUUUGGGGAGUUGUAUUAUAUGGUUUUUUCAACACAGAAAUGCCACCUGGAAUUGAGCAACCUCUAAAGCUUCGUGUUUUCCACUCCUUGAUGAUCACGACCAUGGUCGCGGGAAAGAUUUUGGAGAAGCUGGGGAUCUGCAAUGAUUUAACCAUACUGCGAGCAGCGGUCAAUGGGAUUCCUCCAUGGAGAGAUUCCAAACUGCUUAUCAAAGAUCUCACAGUAGAUGAGGUACCCUUGAGGAUUUAUCAGCCCAAAAGCCCACCCACUGGCAAAAGAAGAGGAAUUCUCUAUUUUCAUGGAGGCGCUGGCACAUUUGGGAGCAUUAGAGCCUUUGAAAGAGUAUGCCGAUAUAUGGCCAAAAAAUGCAACUCAGUGGUUGUGUCUGUUGGGUACCGUCUGGCUCCUGAACAUCCCUACCCAGGGCAAUAUUUUGACUGUCUCAAUGCCACCUUAUACUUCAUGAGGAAUUUGGAAGAGUACCACGUGGAUCCUGGUCUCAUCAUCCUUAGUGGUGACAGCUGUGGGGCUAAUUUUGCCACAGUUAUUUGCCAAAUACUGCUGAAUGCCAGAGAUCUGCCAAAAGUACGUGCUCAGGUGCUGCUUUACCCAGGACUCCAGGGGCUGGAUUUCCACUUGCCCUCCUACCAGCAGAAUGCUUUCGCCCCCAUGUUGUCCAAGAAGAUGAUCAUCUACUUCUGUUUUCGUUACCUUAACAAAAAACCCACAUUUUGGAAAGAGGUUCUACAAAACAGCCAUGUUCCUGAUAGUAUGAGACACCAGUAUAAGAAAUGGGUAAGUGCUGACCUUAUUCCUGAUGAAUUUAAGGUUAGAGGCUAUGUACCAACCAAACCUGCACCAUAUAAACCUGAAGUCCAUGAAGCUAUCAAAGAAAUUUUAGCAAUGACAUUUUCCCCACUAUUAGCUGAAGAUUCCAUUAUUUGCCAGCUCCCUGAGUCCUUGAUUGUGACCUGUGAGUUUGAUGUCUUGAGGGACGAUGGUCUGUUAUACAAGAGGAGACUAGAGGAAAAUGGUGUUCGAGUGACCUGGUAUCAUUGUGAGAAAGGCUUCCAUGGAAUUUUAGCCUUUUUUGGCUAUGGGAUUUUUUCCUUUUUAUCUGCAAAUAAGAUAAUGGACAGUAUUGUGAAUUAUGUAAACAGUUUAUAG